AUGUCUGCUAUAUACAACAGCACUGAGGCUUUGCUUAGCCCAUUGCCUGUUGAUUCAGCGUCCUGGUCUGUAGGUCUCGCCGCUGUGACCGAAGCAAGUUCGCCAUUCCUGUGGACGCUCGUUGCAAUUGUCGGAGCAUCGCUUGUUGCCUGGUUCAGAAAGCCCUGGACUGACGAAAAUGGUCAUAAAAUUCCUAAUGGCCCGCUAGGGCUUCCUAUCUUUGGUUCCUUUUACUCUUUGACUAGGUAUCCAGAGUUGACUCUGGACUUUUGGGCCAAGAAGUUCGGAGACCUAUAUUCCAUCUGGCUUGGAAACCAACUAUUUGUCAUUGUCUCUGACCCGAACAUUGCCAAAGAUCUCAUGGUUACCAAUGGGAACGUAUUUUCUUCUCGCAAAGAAAUGUUUAUCAAAAGCCAGACUGUUUUUGCUGGUCGAGGUAUCACUGCUACUCCAUACAAUGACCGAUGGCGCAAGCACCGUCGUAUUGCGGCCACAUGGCUGAGCCAGCGUGCUGUUGACUCGUACUCUCCUGUCUUGGAUCGCGAGUCUCUCUCGUUGGUAAAGGCAUUGCUUAUUGAAAGCAAAGGAGGCCUGGCCCCCGUGAACCCACAGCCUCAUGCUGGUCGCUGUUCACUGAACAACAUGACAACUAUUACAUUUGGUUUCCGUGCGGAUAGUAUCCAUCACCCUCUGGUGGGACGGGCCUUGAAGCUCAGCCGUGAAUUUAUGAACUGCACUGGCCCUAUGUCAAAUCUUAUCGAUUUUAUUCCUAUCUUGCAGUAUCUUCCGACACCAUUGCACAGACGUGCCAAGAAACUGCACAAAGGCUUGGUGGACACAUAUGGUGGGUUUAUCAAGGAAACUGAACAGAAGAUGAAGGAAGGCAAGAAGGUCCAAGACUGUUUAGCGAAAACGAUGAUCGAACUCCGCUACAAAGAGGACCUCGAUGAUUUGGAUAUGGCAAUCCUUGCUUCAGCCUUCAUGAUCGGCGGUGUUGAGACAACUGCUGCUAUUAUGCAAUGGUUCUCUGCUCUUAUUCCUGCCUACCCUGAGAUCCAGAAAAAGGCUCAGGAAGAGAUUGAUCGCGUCGUUGGACGUGAUCGUCUCCCUGGUAUUGAAGAUGAAAAGAAUAUGCCGUAUUGUCACGCCAUCAUCAAGGAGGUUGAAAGAGUUCAUAAUCCUUUCUGGCUAGGCACUCCCCACGUUGCCAGUGAAGAUUUCGUCUACGAAGGGAAGUUCAUUCCCAAGGAUACUGUGGUCGUUCUCAAUACAUGGACUAUGCACUAUGAUCCGGCCCGUCAUUCUUCCCCCGAAAAAUUCGAUCCUGAACGUUAUAUCGAUGACCCCUUGACAUCUGCUGACAGUGUCAAUGUUGCCGACCCUAUGAAGCGAGACCACUGGAUGUUUGGAGCUGGGCGUCGCAUUUGCCCUGGAAUGAUUGUGGCUGAGCGUGAAAUUUGGCUGACAAUCUCCCGUAUGCUCUGGGCAUUCGAUAUGUUCGAGAUUCCAGGAGAGCCUAUCGAUUUGAAAGAAUACGAUGGCCUCUCUGGACGCUCUCCAGUGCCGUUCCGCAUCGGACUGAAGCCACGACAUGAAAAUGUUGCGAAGCUACUAGAGGGAAUUGAAAUUUAA